AUGUGGACAAGUUGGAUCGCUGCUUGCAGCUUGGCUGCAGCGGUGACGUACCCCAGUCUCGCCGGUGCAGCAGCCGAUACCACUGAUGUCCACGACGCCAGAGCCCAAGCAAUCGUCGACAAGUUCACGACGAUGCAAUUGCUCGGACAAAUGACCCAGGUCGAUAUAAACACGGUCAUGAACGUCACUACCCAGACGCUGAACGAGACCGCCGUCCGUGCCUACGCCAAGCAGCAAGUGGGUUCGUACAUCAGCUCGUUUUACUCAUCGCGCCGAGGAGACAAGUACGGCUGGACGGCCACCGAGUUCCGGGGCGUGAUCAAGCGCAUCCAGGAGAUCGCCAUGGAGGAGAACGAUGGGCACCCCAUCAUUUACGGCAUUGACUCGGUGCACGGGGCCACCUACGUCGAUGGAGCCGUCAUGUUCCCGCAUCAGAUCAACAUGGGCGCGAGCUUCAACCCCGAUCUGGUGUACAGAGCAGCACGAAUUGCGGCCCGCGACACGGCAGCUGCUGGUAUCUCGAUGAUCUUGGGACCGAUCCUGGAGAUCUCGUACAACCCGUUGUGGGCCCGCACGUUCGAGACGUUCAGCGAAGACCCCUACGUGACCUCCAUGAUGGGCGACGCUGUCGUUCGCGGUCUGCAGAGCUACAACCAUACGGCGGCCUGCGUGAAGCACUUUCUCGGCUACUCUAAGACCGACAAGGGCCACGAUCGCGAAGGCGUCACUUUGUCUGAUUUUGACCUUCUCAACUACUACAUGCCGCCGUUCAAAGCUGCCAUUAACGCUGGUGCCAUGGCGAUGAUAGAGACGUACGCGUCGAUCAAUGGCCAGCCCGUCGUUGCAAGCUCUCGCAUUUUGGACGACCUGCUUCGAUCGGACCUUGGGUUUGACGGUGUGCUCGUUACGGACUGGGCUGAGAUCAACAAUCUCAAGGACUGGCAUCGCGUUGCCAAGACCUACGAGGACGCCGUGGCCUUGUCACUGACGCAUACGUCGAUUGACAUGAGCAUGGUGCCGAGUAACGCAAACUUCAUCGGCCAUGCACAGAAGAUGCUGGAGAAGCACCCGGAACAAGAAGCCCGUCUGCGAGCAUCGGUGAAGCGCAUCGUCAAGACAAAAUUGAAGCUGGGGCUGUACGAGAAUCCGGUUCCUGGGGAGGAGUACACCUCGAUGGUGGGAAACGACGACGACGUGCACGUUGCUCUGACCAUGGCUCGCGAAUCCAUCGUGCUCCUGAAGAAUGCUGACAACGUGCUGCCGCUGCCCAAGAAAGCGUCUGUCUUCCUCACGGGCCACUCUGCUGACAACGUCGGUUACCAAUGCGGUGGACUGAGCAAGUCAUGGCAAGGGUACUCGGGCAAUAUGAUGUUUCCCCACGGCGUCAGCGUUCGCCAGGGCUUUGAAGGCUUGGUUGGCAACAGCUCGUUCACGUACUUCAAUGGGCUGCAAGUCAACGGCAGUAUUUCGGACGCGGACUUGGCGACAGCUGUGAAGCAUGCUAGCGAGCACCAGUACACGGUUGCUGUCAUUGGGGAAGCCAAUUACGCUGAAAAGCGAGGCGACAUUGAUAACUUGGAGCUGCCCGCAGGCCAGGUGAGGUACAUCGAGGCUCUUCGUGCGACCAACACCACAGUGAUUGUCGUGUUGUUUGGGGGCCGCCCUCGUCUGCUUGGUUCGAUCCCUGCCAACUCGAUGGCAAUUAUCAACGGCAUGCUGGCCUGUGAGCUCGGUGGCCAGGCAAUGGCUGAGAUUAUCUACGGGGAGGUGAACCCGAGCGGCCGCAUGCCGAUCACGUACCCGAAGGACCCGGCGAACGUUGCCAUUGCGUACAACCACCUCGUCACCACUCGCUGUGCGAGCGACAACUGCCGGAUGGAAUUUGAGUUCGGCGCGGGUCUCAGCUACACGCAGUUCAAUUACUCGGGUCUGAGCCUGGACACGACGCGCCUGACGAGUGCGUCCGCAACUGUCACUGCGAAGGUGACCGUUGCGAACACGGGUAAUCGUGCCGGCAAUGAGACGGUGAUGUUGUUCGUGAUCCAGCCGUUCCGCUCGAUCUCGGUGCCGGAGAUGAAGCUCCUGAAGAAGUUCAAGAAGAUUGAGCUGCAGGCUGGCGAGUCGAUGGACGUCUCGUUCACGCUGACCACGGACGACGUGAGCGUGUAUGACCCGCAGAUCGGUAAAGGCUUGAAGCGCGUGUUCGAGGACAGCGACUAUGUCGUGGCCAUCAAGCCCGACACGUGGUGCGACGUGUACAACAACAUCACAAACCCGCUUUGUGCCCAGUUCAGCAUUGACACGAGCGGAGCAGCCGCAGCAACACCCGUCCAGACCAUCGUUGACGGAGCGCCCGUCGCCACCAGCACUAGAUCAGCGCCCGUCGCCACCAGCACUGGAUCAGCGCCAGUCGAGACUAUCGUGGAGACGUUGCCUGUCGCCACCAGCGGUGACGCAGCGCCUGUCACCUCCAGCAAUGGACCAGCGCCGGCCCAGAACAUUGCUGCUGCAGGGCCCGUCACCGCCAGCAGUGAAGUAGUGUCCGUCAUUACUGGUGGGCUGCUCGUGUAA